AUGGAGAGCAACACUGACCAUACCGGGUCUAAGAAUCAUGAAUUGGUAUUGAAGCUCUUCAAUGCAUCAUUUAGCUAUCGUGAGAAAAAGAUCAUAAAGUCAGAACUCUUUGGAGAAAGUUAUCCUGACGAUGACUUAACAUCUGAAUCAUGUUUAAGGAUUAUCGCCACUCUACGACCAUUUGCUCGUACUAAACUAAAAGCUUUAAAACUCAUACCCCACCUCUCAAAUCAUUUCAGAAUAUCCGAACAAGAUCAGGUAGAAUUAGUAGAUAAACCUGAAAUUCGACAAGCCAUGCAUCUACUGGACUGCAUCAACAUCAAGUCCUCAUUUCCCAUCUCUGCUCUGUACAUAGCACUCCUUGAUUCAUCCAGUGAGGAGGAUGGACCUCCAACACAUCAUCAGUUAGCUUGUGAUCUCGCUAGAAUUGGAAAAAGUGAAUUUGCACAAUUCAGUUUGAAACUGUAUGAUGAAAGUUUGACUGACUCUGCAAGCCCAGCUGUACUAGAGCAAAGCAUUGAAGCUUUUAAAGACAUUCUAAUAACUGUUGAUCAGGCUAAGAGCAUUGCUGAAAGAUUGAACAUGGAGGCUGUACCUUCACUUAAUCUUACUGAAGUACUUAGAUCAUGGAGAGCAAAGAAAGGACAAUGGUCUACUAUAGAAGAUGUGGUAGAGGCUCUUGUAUUGACCCAAGGAAUAGGAAGAUACCUUAUUCUCCUGGAACUGCCGUCUUAUCCUCAACUAAAGGAAUUUUUUUUAGGAUUAAAGAGACAGUGGAUAAGCAUUGCUAUAUACAUAGGGAUUGAUGAAGCAGAUUUACAAAAAUAUAUAUCUUGUUCUGAAAAUCAUUCUGAGCAAUUGGACGUGUUUUUAAAUAACUGGACAUUGCCAGAUUGUGGACAAAAGACAGUUGUGAUACUUCAUAAAUUGCGAAGUAUUGCUGGAGUGAUGGUUGGAGCAGCUGCAAAGGCUGGGCCACCUGAUAAACUUCAAAGAGGUAUAUCACUUGAAGCUAGUGGUGGUCCUUAUUCAAUGCCAGCCCAAACAGUAUCUAGUAGCAUCACAGUACCUCCUCUUCUGCAGCAACAAUCAUCUUCAAUGCCUUUGUCAUCCCUACCAGUCACUAUUACUGGAUCUGUUGAAAUAGCUACAGUGACCAGCAGUCUAGAGCCAGGCCUAGUGACAACAAGAGAAACAAUGAGUUUACCUCCAGAAACUUUGUCAUCAAAAAAUAUUCAAUCCUCCUCGCGGUCAUUCCUAAAAACUAAUAGAAAACAUCGUUUCAAUGUAUUGAAACCAGGAACAGAAUCUGUGUCAACUUAUAACGGACUUAAAGAACACCAGCCCAUGACUGUUGAUGAGGUUCCGUCUGAUAAAUCAAGAGAUUAUUCAGAUCCCAUUACGUGCAGCAGUGAUUUAUCAAGUUACAAGCAGAGACCAGCCACAGCAACUAUCAGUGAGAGAGUGACAGAGAGUGAAUGGCCUCAGCCUAUCCAGCAAUCACACAAGACCUUAGUAUCACUUCCGUAUGCUCAAACUGCCAAGUCUCAAAUCUACUUCACUGCUCCAGUUUCUGUGACUAACACAACUUGGAGUGCAUCCCACCCUUCUUCUACUAGCUCUCCUUCGCAGUCUUACAUCACAUCAAGAUCUCCUGAUGAGUCUCUUGGUGAAGAAGAUGAAGAAAGUACAACUAAAUACAGACCUCCUAACUUUAAUGGAACACCUCCUCCUCCUCCUCCACCACCUUUUGGAGAGAAGCAGUUAGCUGAUAUUUCUGAUUCUGCUAGUCCACACGAUACUAAUAUAAGUGUUGAAGCACCAGUUAGCAUCAGUGAUGAGGAAGCAACUCCUCAAAGUCAUCUUCCUACUACUGGAGGAGGAGAUAAAGGUGCUGCGAAAAAUUUAAGAGAUGAUCCAUCUUCUGAGUCCAGUGGUUCAUCAACACCUGAUGAUGUUGAAGUAUCAGUUAAAACCAAACAGCAGUCAGACGCUGAGAUUAUUUUAGUACCUAAUCCAUCAGAUAUAAUAUGCUCACUGCGUCAAGGAGGAGUGGCAGAAUUUAGAGCUUUUUUGGAGGGACUUGAGAACCCAGUAGAAGAAAUAAACAGAAUGGUACCAAAAGAUUUAGCAGAGGAUGGUAGUGUAGUUCUUCACAUAGCAGUGAGACUCCGUAUGAGAAAACAUGUUGAGUUAUUGUUAGACUUUGGAGCUGAUGUUGAUCAAAUAGAUCCAACUAAUAAAGGAAUGACUGCACUUCACAUUGCAUCAGAACUUGGGGACAAAGAUAUAAUGAAGCUACUUCUAAAGAAAAAUGCUACAGUUGAUAUUAGAGAUAAUAAUCAAUCAACUCCACUGUUACUGGUUGAUAUAGACAGUCCUGAAUGUGUUAGUCUCCUUUUGGAUGCUGGUGCUGAUAUAGGAGCUGCCAACAAACAGAACUAUACUCCAUUGGUUAUAGCAGUUGUUGCCGGCUGUGAUAAUAUUGUGAGAAUGUUAUUAGAGAGGAAUUCUUCACCACACAUUGUUAAUCACAUAAGAAAAUGCAGUGGUCCUGCAGGAGAAGAGUAUUGUGUGACUCCAUUAGCAGAUGCUGCAGCAAGAGGGUACAUUCAUAUACUAAAAAUGCUCAUAGAGAAAGGAGCUAAUUUAAACUCUACAGGAGUAAUAGGAAAGCCUCCAGAUAAAUCAGAAGGACAUAUUUCUCCUCUUCUUUUACCUUGUACGUCAAAUCUUGUUGAUGUUGUACAGUACAUAACAAGACACCGUUUGUUCAUAUGUGAUGUUGAUUAUAUAGCAGAUCCUCUCACUGAAGCUCUUUCAAAGGGACACAUUCGAUGUGCUCAAUUGAUAUGGGAGAGAUAUGGUGGAUUGAGAAAGCUAUUUGAGGAGAGUAGAGACUUCCCUGCUCUUAAUAAAUGUCUUCAAAAGUAUCUAAGCAGUCAAGCUGAUGCUACAAGUACAAGUACAAGUCCUGCAGUAUUAAAUGUUGCUGAUGCUACAAGUACAAGUACAAGUCCUGCAGUAUUAAAUGUUGCUGAUGCUACAAGUACAAGUCCUGCAGUAUUAAAUGUUGCUGAUGCUACAAGUACAAGUCCUGCAGUAUUAAAUGUUGCUGAUGCUACAAGUACAAGUACAAGUCCUGCAGUAUUAAAUGUUGCUGAUGCUACAAGUACAAGUCCUGCAGUAUUAAAUGUUGCUGGUACUACAAGUACAAGUCCUGCAGUAUUAAAUGUUGCUGAUGAUACAAGUACAAGUACAAGUCCUGCAGUAUUAAAUGUUGCUGAUGCUACAAGUACAAGUACAAGUCCUGCAGUAUUAAAUGUUGCUGACGAUACAAGUACAAGUCCUACAGUAUUAAAUGUUGCUGAUGCUACAAGUACAAGUCCUGCAGUAUUAAAUGUUGCUGAUGAUACAAGUACAAGUCCUGCAGUAUUAAAUGUUGCUGACGAUACAAGUACAAGUCCUGCAGUAUUAAAUGUUGCUGACGAUACAAGUACAAGUACAAGUCCUGCAGUAUUAAAUGUUACUACUGGAGAUACUGCUACUGCUAGUGAGAGUGUUGCUUAUAAUGACUUGUCUGCUCUUGCUGAAGGUGAUGAGAGUGAAUCAUUAUCAGCUCCGGUAACAGUGUCUAUGAUGAAUGACUUCUCUGAUAUUGAGCCUACUCAACCUGGUGGUCAAAACAACGAAGAAAUGUUUGUUAAUAAUUUGUCAGAUAUUGAAAUGCCACCACCUCCAGUCACUAAAGUAGAGGAAAGUCUUUCUACAUUAUCUACAACUAAUCAGUUAUCAGUUCCUCCUGUAGUUAGUAGUGGCCCAAUUCCUCCUGUAGUUAGUAGUGGCCCAGUUCCUCCUUCCAUUCCUUUACUCUCUACUCCAUCUCUUCCAAAACCAGCUGCUUCUUUCCCUGACUUGUCUUUCCCAACUUCAACACACACUCAACCAAUCAUGACUUCUUCAUUACCUCCUCCUCUAUCAACUCAACCAAUUCUUCUUCCAUCAACAUCAGCUCACAUCAGUGGAACUCCAGUACAAUCAUUACCACCAUCUACUGAAAGUAGAAUUUCACCUCCUAACAUGCUCUCCUCAGUUGAUGAUGACCAGCCUCCUCCUAGUGGCAAUGAAGAAUAUAUUGUUAAUGAUUUAGGAGGAAACUUUACCCCUAGUCUUAUCCCAGCCCGCCCUGCCUCUCCUGAGCUUUUUCUACCGAGACCAACAAGUUUAGGAGCUAUUCCUGGUGCUAGUGCCAGUGGAGGUGGUCCUAGGACUCUUUCACCAUCAGCUCCUACCAGUCCUCCUCAUAAAAUAUCUUAUGAGACAAAUGAGUCUGGAACCGAUACAGAUAAUCCUUUUGAGCCACGUCCCAAGACACCGCCUCCUCCUUCUAUUCCUCCAGUCUCAUCCCAAGCUCUUGCUAGCGGCAGCUCUGAAUUAGGAGGACUGGACGCAUUCGGAAACUUGCGACAUUUUCAGACUUCAGCUGUUGAAGUCCUUCACGACUUUGCCCAAUAUUUAAUACUUGCUUGUCUUCAAAGACACUCGCAAGAAGAUAUAAUCAAAAAAGCAGAGGAAAUAGGUGAAACAACACUUGUUCAUUUUUUCUCAAGAUACUUUUUUGACUCGGCUGCAACUACUAGAGGUGGUGAGUUUUUCUCUGAGUUCAUUAAAGGCUUUCCAUCUCCACUGAACUUCCUACUUGCUGCUCGUUUUUGCCGUCAAAGUGAAUUUGAGGGAGUCUUGAGAGAAAUGGGAAGAGAAGGAUUCCCCGAUCAACUCAUGCUUGCCUUUCACCAAUUCCAAGACUCUGACAAUGUACCAUGGACUGGCUCUGAACUGAUAUCGUCUUUGUUUCGACAACAGUUUUCUGUUGGUACUCCGUUUCCAGCAGAAGCAAUGUUAGAAAGGACUUUGAUGAGGCCUCAAGCUUCUGCAACACCUCCUGCUGCUGCUGCUACUCCUGAAGCUGCUAAUUUUUCAGGAAAAGGCUAUACACUGGGUGGUGGAGAAGAGAAGAAGCAUAAAGAUUCUGAUAAAAAAUUAGAAGUAGACACAAAUGCUUUCACUAGUGAUAAAGGCUAUGAUUCAGCUGCUGACAAGUCUACUGACAAGAAACAACGAAUUAAGAAGGAAAUAAGAUUUGAAGUAUCUCCUGGCCAUGCUAUAACAGAGAAUAAUUUUAAUGAUCUUGAUGAUCCCUAUCCUUCUGAAAAACAACGUGUGGUUAGCAGUGAUGAAGGUGACCAGCAAGUGGCUGUCCCUACAACAGUAAGUCCUCCAGUAGCAGCUACUAGCAGUUCAGGAGCUACAAAACCAACCCAUUCUUCUGACUCAUUAAAAGAAGAACAGUUACAAAAAAUAAGAGAAGCAAGAUUAAAGAAAUUAACGAAAGAUACGAGUUCUGAAGAGGAACCUAUGCAACCAAUUGACAUAAGAGUUGAAACUAUAAAGACAGGAGGAAAGAGUGGACCAGAGACUCUUGAGCCAGUAACUGAUACAGCUAUUGCAGCAACUGUUACUGCUACUGUACAACCAGCAGCAAAACCUGAGGCAAAACUAGCUUCUCAGUCAUCAACCUCUUCACUAGAAGAAGAAGAAGAAGAUAUAGAAGUAAUGUUAAAAUCAGGACAGGAAAAAGAAGAUACAGAAGCAAUGUUAAAAUUGGGACAGGCAAAAUAUUUAUCAACAGAAAGGACAGAGAUUUCAGUAAGGCCUCCAACCACAACUGCUCGCACUAGUGACGAACGUGUUCAUAGAGCAAUUAAAACUUCCACACCUUCUGCCGUACAGAAGUCAAGUUUGUCACCUUCUGUAUCUCCAAUAUCAAAGAAAAGAGCAUCGGCAGUACCAACAAAAACUGGAGUAUUGUCAGUUGUACCUUCCAGUCGAUUGCCAAAAGGAGGAUCAAAAACACUUUCCCCCACAGCAUCCACUCAUUCCUUGACUGAUAAAAGGAGACUACCUUCAUCUCUAGCUCCUUCUUUUAAAACUAAAGCAACCACAACUGGGGCUGAACCUAAAUUAAGAGGAACACUUGCUAGCUCUAAAACUACUAGUGCAGGUGGAGCAGCCAUUAAUAAACAAGCUAAAACUAAACAGGAUCAUCAAGGAGUCACUUCAAAAGUAUCUCCUCCUGUUAGAGGAAAGAAACUUACUCCUCCUACAGUUGUAAAGGCUCCUAAAUCUAAGGCCACACCUGAAACUCAAAGAAGAAAGGAGUUAAUAUCAAAGCGCUCCACUAGUACAUCAGCCAGUCAGCCUUUAUCAAGGAAACCUGAUGAAUUUUUAAAAGAAAGUACACCAGGAGCCACACCAUUUUCUCAAAAGUUUGACAUUGUGCAGCAUGGCCCUAUAACUCCCUUUGGGUCAGUAGCUUUAAUCCCAUUACCAGUACUAAAAAUCAGUCUACCAGGAACAAUCAUUGAUUCUCCUGAUAAACUCUUUAAAGAUUUAGCCCAGAACCUAAACAACUGGAAGAUGCUUGGGCGUUACUUAGAAGUAGAUGAUCAGCAGCUUGCCAUGAUAGCACGAGUCUCAUCAGAUACUGCUGAAAGAGCUAGACUAAUGUUAAAAGGAUGGCUGAGCCAGUCUAAGAGUUUAGGCACAUACACUAAACUAGGAGAAGCAUUAGUUAACUGCAUGAGAGAUGACCUUGUCAUUAUAUUAGAGCAACACUCAAACUUACCAAUAGCUGGUGGCACUGGUGAACGUGUUACUAUUGAAGAGUUAGGAUCAUCAACACAAGACAUAAAAGAACAUCACUCCACUGAUGCUGAUGAUGAUGAAGGAAGUGAUGAUUCAAGUAUAAAAAUGACUGUUCCUAUUUCUACGUUGCUAAUGAUGCUUGGCCCACUAAUUGAAGAAAAAAAGAAAGAGGGUAAAGCUUCGAAAGUAACAGUAUCGCUUAAGUUUCAUUGAUUGACUAAAACACAAUUCAUAAUCUUACAUUAUCACAACGCAUUAAAAGUAAUUCUUGAAUAGCACGUGACGCAUGCAUGGAGACAAAAGUACUGUAUCUUAUAAUGAUAAUUAUUUAUGAUUCUAAUAACUUCCCAAUUUUUGAAAAUAAAAUUAAUUGCUUAUUUUAAAUUUCUUCAAAAGUA